UUCUGCUGGAAUACGGAAAACUCGCGAGAUUUCUCGUGAAGCGACGUCAACUUCCAUGAUGGCGUCGGUUGUUCGUGUCUAGAAACCAAGUUGAUCUGCCUGGCUCUGUCUGAGCCGUCAUGAGGAAGAGGAGGAAGAGGACCGCUGUCCUGUCCGUCCUGUGAUCCGGUCCGUCUGGAUGGACCGUGUGGUUCUGCACUACCGGCCCGGCUCGGCGCUGCGCCUCUCCGCCCUGCUGCAGCAGACCCAGAGGCUGCUGGAGCCGAUGGCCCUCCGGCCGCCGCCGGCCUUCAGGCCCUGGUUCCCCCGUGGCUCCGCCCACCGCCGGCCCAUCAGACCGGCCAAACCGCCUCCCCGCAUCGGCCCAGCAGGGGGCGCCCUCACAGAGACCCCGCCUGGGCCUACGGACAGGACGCAGGACUCUCCCGGCCGUGUCCAACCCGCGGCGCCCGGAACCGGUCCAGGGACAGAAAGAGAGGUCCCGGUGGUCCGGAGGUCCUGGAGCGUCUCCAGGCAGAGCGGAGUCCAGCUGCAGAGCCGCAUGUCUCUGUCCAGGCGUCUCCAUCGCCUGGUGUCCCUCCACCGGCUCCACCUGCGCCAGCGUGCCAAGUGGGUCAUCACCCAGCAGAACUGCAGCGACCUGGAGGAGGCGUUUCGCCGCCUGAGCCGCUGCGUCCGCCGCGCCGGGCUGCCGACCUGCAACGCCCACAUCCAGCGGGAGCGGGCGGAGAUCUGGGUGUUCUGCGACGUCCUGCACUGCGAGCAGGUGGGGCGCCACCUGAAGGACGAGCUGCGGCUGGCGGGUCGGAUCCACCUGGCCGUCCACCGGCUGGGGAACAUCUUCAGCAUGUAGACGGGUCCGGCUGGACAGAACCACCAAACAGGAAGCAACCAGCGCCGAUAAUCUGGCUUAUUUAGCCCAGCAUGCUAGGAAACAUGGGGACUCACUUUGUUCAUUCAUUCAUUUAUGAAUGCCACAUCUUCAUAAUACAUAUUUAGGUAGCAAGAUAAACAAUGUGCAACAUGAAUGUUUAGCUAGUUAGCUAAACAUUCAGCUGGCUGACUGAAUAUUAGUUACCAGGCUCCAUGUUUUUAAAACGAAGUGACUCCCUGUGACCUUUACAGAUGAAUGAAUGAAUGAAUGAAUGAAUGAAUGAAUGAUGUGGUUAAUUUUUCAUUUUUUUCUCUCCAUGAUCGGAUCAAUAACCCAGAUUAUUGCUGUUGGUUCCUUUACAUGGUUGGGUUCAUGAGUUCUGCUGGAGUUUGAACCAGAACCAGAACCGGAGUGUGAACCGGACCAGGAGACGUCACUGACCGGGGGGAGAUUUUUAUGGACCCAUGAAUUUUACCUGGAUGAAUGGAUGUUUCUGCGGAUGAACAGUUUUAUCUCAGAAACAUGUCGGGCUCUUUGUUUCCUCCUGUAUAAAUAUUUAAAUGUUUUUAGAGAAUCUGUUUUACUGUUAAUGAGUUGAGUUGUGG